UCUUUCUUUAAUAAUAAGGAAAAUUACUAACAUGAAAUGAACCUUUGCCUUUGAAUGAAGUGAUCUGAUAACUAAACUUCCUUGCCAUUAAUAAUCCGUGCAGUCAGCCCCAGAUUUUUUAUGACCCUCAUUUUUAACGCUCACCUUGAAGCUGAAAUCCUCUCAGUCUGGCGACCAUCCACGACCUGGAGUUUUAAGCUUGGUGUGAUGUCUGGUCUGGUGUGGGAAUUGCGACACCUUCUUUGCAUUAAAACACAGGUGAGAACUGGAAGCAGCCUAUAUAAAAGACUCCCUCCGUCACACUGACAAAGCACUGACAGCAAGGUUGCCAUUUGGAACCUUGGACCAUUUGACAAGACAAAGAUUUGUUUGUUGAAUUUUUUCCAUAACUUUUUUAGUUGCUUCAGUUUUUUUUUUUUUUCAAAUUAAUUGCAUCAUUUCCAUUUCUAUUUUGAGCCCUAUCGCUUUUGACGUGAAACAAUGGCUUUCUCUGUCAGCCUUAUCCUUUUGUCAACCUGGACAGCCGUCGCUCUUACGUUCCCUCACAAUAUUUUUGACAACGUUGUGAGAGGGUCGCGGGUCGAAUUUGAAUCAUCCGGCGGUGGACCAGAUGAACCCGUCCGAGGAAUAGUUAAGGUCGUGCAGCUGGACACUCGUGGCCCGGCCCACUCAGGAUUCUUUAGAAAGGGACUGACCCCGAGAAGAGACUCGUCCCUGACCCCCAGAUUGCCCUUCCCUGCUUUCCUGUCUCAGGGGCGUCCAGGUCCGGCUGUGGCCCCGAAGACCCCGGUGAGUCUGCUGCACCACCUGAGCGCCAAAAGCCCCAGUGACAUGGAGCUAAAGAAGAUACAAGGCCUGCAGAUGUGGCAAAGAGCCAUGAGUAAAGGAGAGAAGAUGUCCCUGCCGGUCAACCUGAAGGACACAAAACAGACGUGUGCUGCCGUACCUUUCACUCAGCGUGUGACAGCAGACGGAUGCGACACGGUAACAGUGCACAACAAGCUGUGUUUCGGCCAGUGCAGCUCCCUGUUUGUCCCAUCUGAAGGGGAGUUUGCGGGGGCCCUCCACCACCACCACCGGUCCCCCUGCUCACGCUGCGCCCCAUCCAAAGCUCACACGGUGACUGUGCCCCUGCGCUGCGGAGCCGAGGUCCGGGAGAGGCGAGUGAUGGUGGUGGAGGAGUGCAAGUGUGAGACGGGCCGUGAGGAGAAGAGCGCCGAGGCUGCUGCUUCCACACACCUGUGACUGUGUUACAGCUGUUCCAACAAAAAAAAGCACAAUACAUUUUUUUUUUUUUUAUUGUCUUCUCUUGAGCACAUAGAGCUGCAGGUUUCAGAAGAUUUCAUUUGGAUUGACACCUUUAUUCUCUGUCAAAUCCCUGCCAGGAUAUGGAAUAUGUUUCAUAAUUUGUGUGAUAAUUAUUUAGACACUUGUAAUUUGAUUUACAUAUGUUGUUGUCUGUGUGUGUCUGUUUUUCCUCGUGAGUCUGAAUUUGUUUUUCAGAGUAAAAUACUCUGGUGGUUUUUUCCACUGCUGAUUGAUGACAAAAUGACCUAUAUUUUGGUCAUGUGAUUUUUCUGACAGAGAUGUCCACACUGGACUCGAGUUCACGUUAAAAAAAAGAAAAAAGAAAAAAAAAGAAAACUCAUUUAGAUGAAUCUAAACUGAAAUAUUGUGAUGUGUAAUAUUGUCAUUAAAACGUCUUAUUGGUCCACAUUCCUUUUGCCUGGCAUUCGCUAAUUAGUUUUUCUCUGCCAACACUGUUAGAUUUACAAGUGCAAUUUAGUUUGCAUGCAAAGCUCAAGUAAAAACAUGAAGAGCAUUUGUUGUUUUUCUACCACCCACUCUCGCAUUCAAGUGUUCAAGUGUCAGCUACUAUAUUUUAUUAAAAAGCCAUGUCCCGCCGACUUUUAGCACGUAGCACUUACAUCUGAAAGCACCCAACUAGAGAGCAAACGAGCUAUUGAGCGCGGGUACUUAGCGGUAGGCAAACAUAAUUGUUUCAGCAUGGACCCCUGAAUUAUGUAUAGGAACCACCUAUUCUCAUGCCCAAUCUCUUUUCAGUGUAGUUGUGGGAAUUUGAACAUCCUUCACCGCAGAUGCACUUGAGCGAGCGGGCAUGUGUGAUUAUGUGUGCAUGUGCUCUUUUUUUUUUUCAGUUAGGGCCCAUAAAACCUAUUAUUCAUUUAUAUCCUGGCACCUGGGCCUGGUAAAGUGAACUCAUCCCACACAUCCCAACAUACAUUCCCAGAGGAGCAUAAAGAAGGGGGCUCUUUACGUUGCCUUGGCAUGCUGUCAAAACGACUGUUUAGAUGGCCAUUUGCAUUCACGUGGGCUUUCUGAAAAAGUGAAAGCGUUCACGGAGCUACGGGGGUGCAUUGAGUCCCUCGGAUUCCAUUAGCAUGUGAUUAACAUCUUGAGUUGAUGGCUAUAUUUUCCAAGAUUGAUGGGACAAAUAUUUGCCCAGGUCUUAACUAUGAGGAAUUAGGGGGCCACUUUUAAUCAGGCACUUGCUUUUUUUUUUUUUUUUUUUUUCUUGAUAUGCAGAAAGUGGAGAGGCUGGGGAGGCUGACAGUGAUCAAAUUGCGCUUUCGAAACUCCCAUUCCUCACAGUGACGAAGGCUGUCCACAACACUGAGUGAAUCAUAAAUAAAUGUGCGCAUGUGUUUCGUCAUCCAUCUCUGUCUUUACACAAUGCUGCACUUGCUAUCGGUAAUAAUCCCCCCGCUGUGCUGUUGUUGCCUGUGACGGCGGUGGCGAGGGCGGCGUCAUGAUCUCACUAUCGCCCCUCCAAACUCUGCACCUCUCUUCUUCCUCACAAUCUUUUGUCUUUUUUUUUAUAUUCCGGAUAAAAAGGGAGAUAAAAAAGAAAAUGGGCAUAGAGAAGGGAGAGGAGGGAGAAGAGGAGGAGGUGGUGGAGGAGGAGGUGGUGACGGUGGGGUGGGGGGUUGUUGAUUGAACAAACAAGGUGCACAAGAGAGUGCACCACUUAGCAAGACAGAUGUCAGCCCCCUUUGCAUUGUGGGAUCCGGCGGAGCACUCCUGCGUCAUUAAGGAUGGCCUGGUUCCCAUGGCGAAGGGAAAGGAAGGAGCGAAAAGAGGAGGGCCCGCUGCCAAGUUCAGCGCCUCAGGGAUCAGAUCAGCGUCACGGGGUGCUAAGUGGCCUAGUUAGCGCUUUAAAACGCACAAUGAGCUGCCUGCUCUUUCUCUGUGUGUGGAGGCCUUUUAACUGUCAGAUGUGGAAAUGGUUCGGAGGUGUGCGUGAUGGAGGUGGUGGACUCGAGCAAUAUCAGGUCAAUCAAGGUGUAUCAAGGGGGAAAUGAAUUAUUGAUGGAGGAUUUUGGGCCCGUUUUGGCACAUCAGCUUAGAAGUUUUACUUUGAAAAUGUUUUUUCUAGACCAGUAAAUACUGUUACUUAACUGUAUAUGUGUGGUGGUAAUUGGCUUGAAAACAAAUAUUCCCACAUAAGAUCAUUUUGAAGC